AUGGCGGAGAGAGGUUUAAUGGCGGCACAAGCCACGUCCAUGCAGGGUAAAUCACUGCUGGACCUCCACAGUGACUUCAUGCAAAGGUUGGAGGCGACAUUUGCAAACAUUUGGUCCCAAUUGGAACAACGAUUGGCUUCUGCCCCUCCCCAACUACUGAAAACGGACGGCGGAGGUGAGAUACUGGGGUCGGCAAAUCACCCACUGGGCACAGCAAACCGCAACACCCCUGCCUCCCCUAACAAGAGACCAAGAGGACCGCAAAUUACCCAGAGCUUGAUCCUGCCACCUCGCCUAUCUAGGCGGAAGACCGCGAAUCGUAAGCGGUGA